UUCACUUGAGUUAGAGAGAAGUCCAACUAGCCCCUAAAAAAUCCCUGCAAAAAACCCUAAAACCCUAACCCCGCGGUCCACCGACCGGGAUUCUUCUCUCAAACUCGCCUGCAAUCCGCUGCUUCUUCUCCCUUCGUCUUUGCAUUGGAGAACCAGUUUACCCUCCUGCUACCAUCCUCGCAUCUCCCUCCUCUGACAUCAAGCGCAAAAGGAACCGUCUGAUGUUAUAAUAACGUGCAUCGUGCACGUGCAUCUGCUUAAGCUGGGAGACAUAAAAGACAUUGGAGCUUCUCAUUGAGACCGUGAAACGACGCGAUGGCCCGCUUUGGAAAUAAUAAGAAGAAGGCAUUUGUAAAGCCAGUUAUGAAAAAGCCCAAGCCCGGGAAUGUUGAUCACAACGGGGAUAAGAUCCCUAAGAGCUUUGUCUUCUCGAGGGGGAAAUUGCCCGGACCCCUGAAGCAACUUGAAAUGGACUUGAGGAAAUUAAUGCUCCCAUAUACUGCCCUCAAACUCAAGGAGAAGAAAAGAAAUAACCUCAAAGACUUUUUGAAUGUGGCUGGACCUAUGGGUGUUACCCAUUUCCUCAUACUGUCAAAAACUGAAACUGCACCUUACUUGAGGGUUGCAAGGACACCACAAGGUCCCACACUUACUUUUAAGAUUAAGGAAUACUCUCUGGCAGCUGAUGUUGCACAAGCUCAACUCCGUCCUAGAAGUCCAAAGGAUCUCUUUCAAAACCCUCCUUUGAUUGUACUUUCUGGAUUUGGGACUGGUGAACAGCAUUUGAAGCUCACGACUAUCAUGUUUCAGAAUAUUUUUCCGGCCAUUGACAUUAACACUGUAAAACUUGCUUCUUGUCAGAGAAUUGUCUUGCUUAAUUACAAUAAAGAGACGAAACUUGUAGAUUUUCGUCAUUAUUCAAUCAGGUUACAGCCAAUUGGAGUAUCUCGUAGAAUUAGAAAGUUUGUGCAGAAUCAUCAAGUCCCUGAUCUUAGGAAUCUACAAGAUGUGAGUGACUUUGUGACAAAGGCUGGAUAUGGGUCGGAAAGUGAAGCAGAUGAUGAAGCUGCGACAGUAACCUUGGCUAGUGAUCUUGGCAGAGUAAAUCAAGCUUCGUCAAAAAGUGCAGUUAAGCUCCAGGAGAUUGGACCUAGGAUGACCCUUCAACUUGUCAAAGUUGAGGAAGGAUUGUGCUCAGGUGUAGUCAUCUUCAAUGAAUACGGAAAUGCUGCUGACACCAAAAGGCAAGGCAAGCAAAAAGAUGCCGAAGAUCUGGAAGAUGUUGAAAGAGACGGAGAUGAAGGUGAAGAAGAUCAAGAAGAUGAUGAGGAAGAUUAGUGUCCACCAAUGUCAAAAAGUUCAUAUUGAACUACAGUUUUGCGGCUAUACACUUGAUCUCUCACGGUUAUCGCAUCUGUGCUGGAUAGAGGAUGUAAAUUUAUCAUGUCUUUACGUUGAGAAGAACUGUGAAUUCCCAUGGGCUUUAUAGGCUCGGAUCCUGCUUUACCGAGUCUCAAAUUUUAUUGAAUUAGUCUUGUAGUAAUAGCAAAGGUUCUCUGUUAUGGUCAUGACGUAUUUCACA